UCUCAUUCCGGAUAAUCAUAUUAACUUCUUAUAUAAAGUGAAUUUAAACUUUAUGUUGUUUUAAGACAUUUUUUAUAGUGAAAGAAAAUGAGCAAGAUUCUUGUCUAAGAAAUUAUUAUUAUACUUGAUAUAUUCGUGUAAUACAUGUUUAGUUGAAUUCGGUGUAGAUACUUAAAAUUAGAGCUACUAGUGAGCCGAGCUAUUCAGGAGCGGCUCGACAUUCGCCUUAAUAAAAGCUCAUUCUAUUUAAGAAAAACUCGACUCGUCUAUUAACGAGUCGAGUUUGAGUUAAGCCUUGUUCAGCUCGUGAGCCAGCUCGACUAAGUGGCUUGUUAUGCUCAACUCGUGAACUCUCUUGCUUUGAGCUUACGAGUUGUCUCAACAUUGCGAUUAGUGAGCCAACGCGACGACUUCCGGCUUAUGAGAAAAUCGAUAUAUAGCUUAUGAGUUGGCUUGUUGAUAUUCCAUUGGUUAAUUAAAUUGUAUAUCUCACAUGUUUAAGAUUUUGAAUAUGUGAACAAAUAUGUCUCAUAUAUGACAUUAGGCCAGUUAAUCACAUGUAUCAUAUAUGACAUAUAAAUGGUAGCGCUUAAUUUAUAAAUUAUCAGAGUUGAGCUCGAGCUGAACUCUUGAUCUUAAUGAUGAGUCAAGUAGGUUUUAUAAAAUGAGCUGGCUCGGGGUCGAAUCGACUCAACUCAAUUAUAAAUGAGCGAAGCUCGAGCUCCACUCAUUUAUUAACGAGCCAAACCUAAAUAAGACAAAGUUCGAAUCGACUCAUUAACAACCCGACUUAAAAUACCAAAUACUAACAAUUAGAUUUUCACCAAUCAAACAUCAUACUCUUUGUCGGGUUCGAGAAAAAUCAGCCAGAAAAUAAUAACAAUUGGAUUUUCACCAAUCAAAUCGAUUCGGAUUCAAUCGGAUAGCCGGGUGUUAUUUUGUUGUAUUGACAUCAGAUCUAGUUUAGCCCUGACUGGGAAAUGGUGGGAAUUGUGGUAUAGAUUUGAAACUAAAUUCUUAAAUUAAAAAUAAAAUAAAAAUUGUAGCCUCUGAAGAAACCGGUUUAACCCAAACCGUGAAAUUUCGGAACAGAUUCCACAAACCAGACCAGACGACCACGCAAUCGGAAGGUCUAAAGACUAAAAAACGGACGAUUCCGCCGAUAACAGAUUCUCUUUCUCCGACCUCUGAAUCUGUAACCCGACCCAUCUCUGCUGCAUCCAGCAUCAUCACAUCACAUUCAAAAUCAAUCACCCACUUUCAAGUUCCAAACUUCAAAAAACCCAAUUCAUGAUCUAAUCUAAACAAGUGAUCAAUCUGGAGGAGGAGGAGGAAGAAGAAGAUGGCUACUGAGAGGCACGGUCAUCCGGCUUCCACUUCUCGUGAAGACGACGCGCUGUUCCUAGACAUACUCCACGAAGCUCCUUUGUUCGGCCAUCGCAAAUCCAGAAGUCUCGUCGGCGCUAUUCUCUACUCCCUUCUACUGGCAAGUUAUGCUGUUCUUGGCGCUGCUGCUCCCUACGUCUUCCACUCUAUUAAGAAUUGGGUUCCUUCAUUGCUUUGCAGUUGUGAUGUUGUCCUCCUCGUCCUCACAGGCAUCUUCCAGCAAUAUUUUGUUUCGCAAGUCCAGAAAAUACGGCUUCAGGGUUACUAUAGUUUCAGCCAGAAAUUGAAACAUAUUGUCCGCCUGCCAUUUGCUAUCACUGCUUAUGGAACUGGAUUGAUGGUGCUGAUCAUUGUAUGGGAUCCUCAAAUUAAAUUUCUUACUAUCCCUGCUUUACUGAGAAUUAUCAUGUUGGCUGAAGCAGUAUGUGCUGCAUCCUUUAUGAGUGUUUAUAUUGGCUAUUUACAUCAGUACAAUUCGAUAAACUCUCAGCCCGACAUUUUGAAGUCGUUGUAUUCUCCACUUCAACAAUCAAGCCCUUUAGAAGGUUUGAGGUACCAAGAAGGUGGUAGACUUUCCGAUCAGCAAAUGGCUCUGUUGCAAUAUCAACGUGAGAAUCUCCAUUUUUUGAGUGAAGAGGUUCUACGCUUGCAAGAAUGUUUAAGCAAAUACGAACGAUCUAGCGAUGGCAGCACACCUCAGGUUGAUGUUGCGCAUUUGUUGGGUGCUCGUGAACAGGAGUUAAGGACGCUUACUGCCGAGAUGAAUCAGUUACAGUCUGAGCUAAGGCUGGCUCGGUCUGUGAUAGCUGAUAGGGAGUCCGAGUUCCAGAGGGUACGAGCUGCAAAUAAUCAGUACGUAGAAGAGAACGAGCGCCUGAGAGCUAUAUUAGGGGAGUGGAGUACUCGUGCUGCCAAGCUCGAACGAGCUCUGGAGGCCGAGCGGAUGUCCAACCUUGAAUUGCAAAAGAAGCUUUCAUCAUCUCCGAGAAACCAUUCGAGUCAGCAUGGUGCAUAGCAUGACUCUUUACUCCGAACGAACGAGCAUCGGAACGUGAUGAACUUGAUAUGUGGUUUACAGAACUAAAAGCACUUACCUGUACAUGACCAAGCAGUGCUUAUGCAUUUGCCCGAUGACUAAUUGUUUGUUCAGUGCAAUUACUCGUUACUGGAGAUGCACCCUCUCGACAUAGGGUUCCUAGUACAAACAUCAAACUGAAGCUUGGAACAUUGAAAUGUGGCUUUACAAUCGGGAUACGUUGUUUUCCUCGUAAAAAAAUAGACAUUCAAUUCUUUGCUUCAUGGAUUUGAAAAUGAAUCUUCAUUAAUUUGAACAUUAAGGUUUUGGUUCAUUAUAUGGACUUUUAUUUUCUUCAUUAAGAGAAAGGAAACAUAAGAAAACAUAAGAGAUAAAUUGCUUACAUAUAAUUUUUUUAAUAUAGAAAUCUGGUUAUAAGAGUGCUACUAGAGGGGUGGGGGAGGAAACUCGCGUCAUCCUUAGGAUUCGAACUUGGAGGGCUCUAGGCUCAAAACCAGCAGCACAACCACUCAGACCAUGGUCUAGUUGGCAAAUUUAUUACAAAUCAACUUCAAAGUCCAUGACCAAUUCUCACAGUGAAAUUUUCAAGUCUGCAGGCGCCACAAAUUUGGAUUUGUUGCCCAUCAAUAGGGUUGUUAAUGAACCGAGCUAUUCGUG